CCCAACGGCAAGCGUUGGGCGCAUCUCCGAGCUCCCAUGUGUGGUCAAUGGGCGGAGGGAUCUGUAUUCCUAGAAUGUGGAUCCGGAGUAGGUGAAGGAUGCAGCUGGGAAUGUUGUGUGGUGGCGGCGGUGGCUCCCGGACUUGGUGAUGUGUACGCGGCUUCGCUAAAAGUUGUUCAUUGCCGGAUGUGGCUCUGACCUUCACACGCUCGCAGUUCUCCUUUCACCUCUUUUUGCUGUUAAGACGAAGAAACGGGUACAGACAUGGCCGGCCAUGUAUCCCCUACGGUGAUAUUCAGAGAUGUUGCUGUUUAUUUUUCGGAGAAGGAGUGGGAUCUCCUUGAAGGGUGGCAGAAAGACCUGUACACGGGUGUUAUUAAAGAAAUUCACGGCAUCCUGAUCUCUCUCGGCUUUGUCAUCCUAAAUCCCAACAACUUCCUAAGAAUACAGCCAGAAGAGGAGCCUUGUCGGAAAAGUCGCCAAGUCGUAGGAAGAAAUGAAAACUUGAAUAUUGUUGGUUCUGAGCGUGGUAUGGUGAACCCUGAUAUUUUAUUAACCGUCAAGCUUGGUGAGAAGCAGCGAGUGAUGAACUCUUAUGAACAGGAUAGCAGAGGGAGCGUGUCAUUUCCCAGUACAAGUAAAUUUAUUGACAGAUUUGGAGAAUACACGGCUGUUAAGGAUGAGACGCCUCUUGAAGAUUACUCCGAUGUUGAAUGCAUAGAUGACACUGAACAAUGUUUUCCUUCAACUCCACCUGUUGCUCGAAGGGUUAACUUCCAAGAACACCCAUCCAAUAACUCCUUGCAGAUUGACGGUAAACAAGGUAUCAAAUAUGCAGCUGUUCAAGGGCACAGAGCAUCUACCUCUGACAUUAAUAAAACGAAUAUGGUUGCAGUUCCACAAAAAUUCAUCCUCAAGAAGCCGUACAACAUUUGUGAAAAAAAUGUCAUAUUGAAAGAAUUUCCCAGUAUUGAACCUGUUACACUCAGAAUGAAAUCAAAGGAGCCGCCAUCUAACAGUGAAAAUAUUUGUUUGGAUGGAAGAGAUGUAAUAAACUACAGAGUCGAUGACGAGUUGAUCAUCGAGAGCCAACGCAGCACUGAAAAAUUCAACCUAAGAAAUAUUCCGUCAAAAAACAAAGUUAAAAUUCAGUAUAACAUGAAAACCAGUGGAUACUGCCAAAGAUUAGUGAGGUGGCCGAUGGGUCAGAAGGAAGAUUUCACACAGAGGCGUUUUGGGUCAGGUUCUCCCAAGGAUCUCGAGAGGACCUUCAACUGCACUGAAUGUGGAAAGAGGUUUUUUAGAAUUAGCGAUCUUAGGCUUCAUCAAGCAACCCACAAAAUGAAAAUAAAACAGUACAACGGCUCAAUGGUCCAGUUCAGACCCCAGCAGAGGGUUGAAUCCAGUCUAAAACUUCCGGUUGAUGACAAGUUUCCUCACGCCAUCUCCAUCAAAAACGUUUCUGUGGCAAAGUCUUUAACAUGCGUCGUCUACGGGAAGAACUCGGGUUCGUCGGUCAUGCAAACACAGAAGACGUUUGCGAGGGAGAGACGAUUUGUAUGUAGGUUUUGCGGUAAACGGUUUCAGAAUAACAGUAAUCUUAUUGGACAUGAAAGGAUACACACGGGGGAAAAGCCUUUCGAAUGCCCGGAGUGUGGGAAGAGCUUUAGCCAGAAGGCGAAUCUUACCACUCACCAGAGGCUGCACACCGGAGAACGGCCCUUUGUGUGCAUUACCUGUGGCAAGGGCUUUGCGCAAAAGAUCAACCUUCUUACACAUGAGCAAACCCACACAAAAAAGAAAAAGAAGAUAGAUGGCAAACUGGUCCUAAUAAACUAAUCCAAUAUUUCACAUCAGGUUCUGGCUGACGACAGAUCUGCCGGGAUAACCGUAAAGUGCCUGGGAAUCACUUAAUUCCUAUUCACUAAGUCUACUUAUUUUUAAAUGCACACUACACAGUUUUUCUCGUCAACUCGCAGGCUAAUUUUACUGUUUAAAUCUAGUUUUUUUGGACUAGUAUUUUGCUGAAAGGUGCUACUCCAAGAAGAUAAGAUACAUACAAAAAGAAAACAAAAGAAAGUACCUCAAAAAGUGAGAAGUAUUUUAGAGAUGUCUAAAAUACGAAUCAUUUGUUCCAAUGUUUUUCUAGCCUUAUGUUCUAAGAAAGUAUAUAUAAAUGUUGUAACUAAUUUGUAUAUAACAGUUGAGUUAUAUAGAGCUCAGUGUCAGGGCUGGAAAUCUUGACCAUUUCUUCACUAGUAAUUUUUCAGGGGUUAAAAGAAGAAAAAAAAAAGCAAACAAAAAGACGUUCUCUGUAUAUACAACGGUAUAUUCUCCUCCUCCUCCAACCUUCCCCUCCAAACUACAAAACCUCAAUGAUACAUUUUUUUUGUGUUUUCCAAUAUGGUCAUUGUGUUGUUGAAGGGGGGAGAAACGCAAAGAAAAAAAAGAAAAUGUUCUCUAUUUUUAAAAAGGAAAAAAAAAAUGACUGCAACUUAGAGACUUGGUGGAGGAAAUGUUUUUGUUUCUGUUAUUUAUUGCAUAGUAUAUCUUUUUGGUGCACAAUUCGCCAUCAGGUCUUUUGGUAAAAGGUUUUAUUAUAUACACUAAACAUCCUGCUAUAAGGUAUUCUAUAACCUCCAGCCGUAACUUAUAGUGCAGUAGUGCUCCUGAUUUGUGCUUCUAUGUAGGCAAUGUCAAAAGAUGUUACAUAAACCUCCAUGUUUUAAUGGUGUGUUUUUUUUUUCUUUUAAAAUGUUUUGCCAACUAAGACUACCAUGAUUUCCUGGAUUGAAGACCAUGAAAUGUUGGAAACCUCUUUCCUGUUUUUGGUUAUUUUUCUCUUUAGUUUUUGGAGUAGAUUUUUUUUUAUUUUUUCCAGAUGAACAACUUCAUAAUACUGGGUCCUGUUUAUGUUAAUCACAGCAAAAUUGAAUUUA